AUGGGGUUGUCUAAAGAAGAGAAAAAGGCCAGAAAAGAGGCAAAAAAGCAGGAAAAGAUAAGGAAAGAAAUUGAAGCUAAAAAGCAACUUAAGCGUGAAGAACUAAAUCGCGAGAUUGCUGCGCAGGCCUUAAAACGUGGAGAACUUGAUAGAAGUUGGCGCGCAAUGAUGCUGAAAAUAAAAGAACCCGUGUUUAGGCAAGACGUUGAAGUAAUGUGGCAUGUUUUCGAAAGGGCUUACGAUAAAAAAGAUCACAUCAUUGGUUUUACCAUUAAGCUUAUGAAUGUUGCUGAUGACCAAUUCCAAAGAACAGUGGCUAGCUUUUGCGAUACAAUCGAUAGAAUGAUUAAUAAAUUCUUAACUGACUUGGAGGACAUGUCAAAAAAAAAUGUUGAAACAACAAAUGAUCUUCUAAAAAGAGCCGAAGAAGAAGCAGCACAUAUAAUGUCUGACCACACUGCAGCUGAAACACAUUUACAACUCCUUCUGUAUCAUGCUCAUAAUAUAUCUGAUACUCUAGCGUGGACUACAAGAGGUGAAAACAUGGUAAAAGCAGAUGAAGAGCGUAACAAAUACUUAGAUCAUCGAGAAAAUUUACGCUCCUUUCUUGAGAACAGUUACAAUGCAGUUUGGGAUGAAUAUAAGGCCGUGCUCAAGGCAUACGUUACAGGCACUGCUGAAAAUCAAAAAGCUGUACGUAAACUAAGGCGCAAGGAAAAUAUGAUGGCUGAUAUAAUAGCCUCUCAAGGAAAGAAAAUUGCUAAUAGUGAUGGUAUGCUUAAAAGAUUACGUGUGGAAUUGAACGCUUAUGAGUCUGGCACCAAACAGGCUGUGUUUCGAGAACGUCGUGACAGGCAUAGAGACGCUUGUUUCCGUUUAAAACAUCAAAUGUACAAUGGAGUUGCUACAGAUGUUAAACGAUUAGCUUUGUUAGUUAAAGUGUCUGAUGAUACUGUAGAAUGGUUAGAAAAAGCUUUUGAAAAAGUAGAUAGAAUUUUGCGUAUGGCAGCGCUGUGUCGAAAGUUUGAAACACAACGGGAAAAAGUUUUGCCUUUUGGAUCAGAUUUGCCUCAUUCACCAACCGCAUCAAAAUUAAACGUUCGUAGACAACAAUCAGAUGAUUCGUUGGUUUUGAAUGCUAUCACAACAACAAGUGGUUUGACAAGACUCUGGCAUAGAAUAUCCAAAGCAGAAUUGACAAAAAGAGCACUAUAUCGUGAAAAACAGUUGUUAGAACAAGAAAACGCUCUUAUUUUAAGUAAGAUCCAAGAAUACAAAGAGAAAAAAAUGAAGAUCGACCCCAAGAAAUGUAUUUGUACCAAACCUGAUACUGAACAAAGAGUUAUUUUGCAAAGAUCCGAGCAUCCUGUCGCAAUAGAUGGAGGAUUAGAAGUAACAAAAUUGGAACGUCAUUCAAGAAUGAAUAUUUAA